GUCCGAUUGCUGAUCCCCUAGCGCAGCAACAUCCGACGCCAGCAGCGCCCCUUCGGCUACCAGAGUCACGUCAACAUCAUAGACUUUGCACUAGCUGCCCUAGCGCAAUGAACUCAAAACACGCUCAAGGCGUCAGCGACAGCGGCAGCCAACGUGUCCAGAGCCAACAUGCUGUCCGGAGCCAACAUGCGCCCGCUGGAGAUCUCGGCCCCUAGCCUCUCUUGCCCCCCAGUCUCUCUUGCCCCCCAGUCUCUCUUGCCCCCCAGCCUCUCUUGCCCCCCAACACAGUCGAAACCCUAGACACGAGAUGGAUCUGGCAGAUUUCCAGAUAAUGCGCCACUCGGCGACCAAGCUACGGGCCAUCGACGAUGCCAACGAGAUGCAGGCGGCGGUGGCGCGCGAAUGCGGCGAGGCCAGGGUGGCGCCGCCGCCGUACCGGCUAACGGAGCUGAUCGGCAAGGGCAGCUUCGGGCGCGUGUACAAGGCGCGCGGGCGGCACGGCAGCCAGGCGGUGGCGGUCAAGAUCAUGAGCAUCGAGGAGGGCGACUGGGCGGCGCCGGGCGAGUGCGACACGUUUGCCGAGGUGCUCAAGGAGGUCAAUACGCUGCGCCUGCUCCACGACAGCGGCGCCCGCAACAUCAACCCCAUCGUCGACGCGCUGCUGAUCGGCCAGUCCAUAUGGGUCGUGACCGAGUACUGCGCUGGGGGCAGCGUGGCCACGCUGAUGCGGCCGAUGGGCCGGCUGCGCGAGGCGUGGAUCGUGCCCAUCCUGCGCGAGGUGGCCGACGCCGUCUACUGGGUGCAUAGCCAGGGCGUCAUGCACCGCGACCUCAAGUGCGCCAACGUGCUCGUGGCCGAGGACGGCAGGGUGCAGCUGUGCGACUUUGGUGUGGCUGGCGUGGUCAAGUCGCGCUUCGAUAAGCGCAGCACCGUCACGGGCACGCUGCAGUGGAUGGCGCCCGAGCUGUUCGACAGCAAAGUGUCGUAUGGCAGCGAGGUCGACAUCUGGGCCUUUGGAUCCAUGGCCUACGAGGCCGCCACCGGCCUACCGCCCAACGCCGCCUCCAUAUUCGACGUCACGCUCGAGAAAUUCGGCGACUACCUGAGGACCUGCUGCCCCCGCCUCGAGGGCGACCAGUACUCGGCCGAGCUCAAGGACCUGAUCGAGUUCUGCAUGGUGCCGAGUCCCGCCAGCCGCCCGCGCAUCGAGCAGGUCCAGAAGCACCCCUACAUCUUCGGCAGCGCCCAGCAGCACCCGACGCACGGCCUGAGGCAACUCGUGCAGGAAUACAGGGACUGGGAGCGCGAGGGUGGAGACCGGCGCUCGCUCUUCUCGGCCGGCGGCGCUCAGCGGCCGCGCAGCACUCGCUCCUGUUCUUUGGACGCAGCGUGGGACUACGGGUCCAUGGACGAGGCCGACCAGCUGUCCUUCCCCGACGCGAGCGCCGUGGCGAGCUCCGAUUCGGAGCACCAGCCGCUGCCCAAGCAGCGACGCCGGCACCGUCGGCCGCAGAACACGAACGUGCCGGCGCGUGCGGUGACGGUACCGCUGGAAAAGACGUUCGACCCGGAUACCCUCAGCAACUACAAAGACAUUGCAAGGCAGUUCUACGGCAAGCCAGGACCAGCGCCGCCGCGCAUCAUCUACCCGCCGACGCCGCCGCCGCCGCCGCCGCCGCACCUCCAGCGCACUCCCAGCUUCGUGCGCGCAUGCGCAUCCGCCCACCCAGCGGCAGAGGACAUCCUGCGCGCCGCCGCCGGCAGACAAUUACCACGCCACACCACGCCCACACCAAGACCCAGGCUCAGGCCGAGCAGCACCGCCAGCAGCCGCAUCCCACGCAUCGUAGUUGGUCCCACGGCCACCGGCUCGCAUAACAGGCACAGAACCGACAGCAGCACCGACAGCGCCUCGCCGAGUAAUAACAACAGCAACAGAAUACAAAUGCCUGCACUACCGCCGCCGCCCGCCGCGGACGUGCUCCUCGCGUCGGCGUCGCGCGACGUCGUCAGCCACGAGAUCACGCGCCUCCUCUGGGCAUUGCGCGAGCACCUCUCGUGCGCCGGCGACGCGGCCGCUGGCCUGCCGGUUAGGCGGGCGACUGCUAAAAGUACCGAUGACUGA